CGUCACUUAGUUGGUAGAAGCACUACUUCAACCAUGAAGCUCUUGAUCCUUAUCACAGCCAUUGUGGCUAUAUCGGCUGCCCCUCAGGGCUACAACUAUGGCAGGCCUUCAGGUCCCGGCUUCCACCCUGGAAACUGUGGUCCUGGACAAAUACUGCACGUUGAUGGCAGGUGUGUUGUUCCACAUGUGACCCGCCGUGUGUACGUGUUCGACGUACCUCCCCACCCACCGAGCUACGGCCCCCCGCCCCCAAUCCCUCCACCAUCCGUUGAGACAAACCUUCUGUUCAUCCGAACUCCUGAAGAAGGACAAGGACCAGAACCCAUCGUUGUGCCUCCACCGCAACAAAAACACGUCGUGUACGUUCUCAACAAGCAGUCCCAGCAAGGACCGGAAGUGAUCGAAGUCCCCUCACCACCAGCAACCAGCCCUGAAGUUUACUUCGUGAACUACGCUGACGGCGAGAACCCAGUUCUUCCCAGCGGCGUUGAUCUUCACAGUGCCCUGGGUGCCGCUGCUCCAGGAAGCGGUCAAGUGCUUGGAGGCGCCGGAGGUUUCGGUGGUGAUUUCGGAGCUGGCGCUGGAGGUUUCGGACCCGGCGCUGGAGGUUUCGGAGGCGGCGCUGGAGGUUUGGGAGCUGGCGCUGGAGGUUUCGGACCCGGCGCUGGAGGUUUCGGACCCGGCGCUGGAGGUUUCGGUGGCGGUCCUGUAGGAGGUGCUGGCGGUUUCGGAGGUGGUGCCGGAGGCUUCGGUGGCAAUGCUGGAGGCUUUGCCGGCGGUGCUGGUGGCUUCGGAGGCGCUGGAGGAGUCGGCGGUGGCUUCGGAGAUGGUGGCCAUCACCCAGUACCCUCAACCGGUUACGGCACACCAUAAAGCUGCAUAUGCUGCACUCAGCUGCGAGUUCUUAUUAGGAAGUCAAAGUGAAACACUUGGCUACAACAU